AUGUACAAAAUCGCUCUCCUCGCCGCGGCGGCCGCGGCGGCCUUGCCGCUCGUUCGAGCUGACUAUUCGUACUCCUACGCGGACGCGCCGACGGCGGCGCCAACGGCCACGAUGGCUCCCACGCGCACCAGGACCUACGCCCCGACGCGCAUGACGGAGGCGCCGUCCUACGCGCCAACGACGGACACGUAUGCUCCAUCUUUCGGCUCGUGCCCGCAGCUCGUGCCGGAUCCCGACAAGUGUCCCGCGGACCCGUCCGGCCUCCCGCUCUGCAGCGCGAUCGGCCUCGGCACCGGCGACAAGUGUAUCACGGGCCCGCAGAUCUGCCCGGGCCAGCCGGGGCCCACGAAUUGCCCGGCUUUCCAGGUCGCGCGCCGCGCAGAAAUGCUCCUGCUCGAUGGCGUGACCUAAACGACCGGUUGAUUCGUCGCAGGUGGCGCGGCGCCUCCUCAAGAAGAUUCACGGUCCCGUCACCAGAGCCUUCCACGGCUGGGCCCAGCGACAGUUCAAGAAGGCCGGAGCCGCCGGCGACGAACCGCGGCGCCGCCUCGCCACGCCCCCCGAGUGUACGGGAGGCGAUUGUUCCGUCGCACAAGUCGGCGAUGCGGAGGGCCCGACGGCCGUGCCAUCGCUGUUGCCGACGGCGGCGCCGGUCGGAGCGACGGCCGACCCGACGGCCGCGCCGACGCCAUCGCCGGUGACGGCCGAGCCAUCGCCUGGACCUACGCCUGGACCUACGCCCGGACCUACUCCGGCUCCCUCGCCGCGCCCGACCGCCGAGCCGACGGCCGGACCUACGCCGGCCCCGUCGUCGCGGCCGACCGCCGAGCCGACGGCCGGGCCUACGCCGGCCCCGUCGUCGCGGCCGACCGCCGAGCCGACCGCCGAGCCGACGGCCGGGCCUACGCCGGCCCCGUCGUCGCGGCCGACCGCCGAGCCGACGGCCGGGCCUACGCCGGCCCCGUCGUCGCGGCCGACCGCCGAGCCGACCGCCGAGCCGACGGCCGGGCCUACGCCUGGACCUACGCCGGGACCUACGCCGGGACCUACGGAUCCGCCAGCGACCUGCGUCGACGAUCCGCUAGGGUGUGGCAACGUGCCGCCGGGCGGAGGCACGAGCUGCCACAACUUUCCGAACCUGGUCCCCAGUAGCAUUACUACUGAUACCGGCUGUAUCGUGAACGCGUCGUGCGUCUUUACUCUGACGUCCCAACUAGGAAAUCUGCCGGCCGGAGACUACUUGGGUACCUGCUUCCCCGGCCCAUCGGCGAAUGGGUCACCGGCAACUUGCAACUGCUGCAAUCCCACGAAUCCCCCAUCGGCGGGACCGUUACCAACCGACCAGGGGCCGUUUUACAUUUCAUUCCAAGGGACCUGCGGCGGGGAGUGGUGCGAGGGCUCCGGUGUAUCGGGCGGUACUGGUCCCCAGAGCGUCUACGCGGAACUACCGGCGUGCAUGCCUGUCGCAGCCCCGACGACGGUUCCCUAG